AUGGAAGCAGCGGCGGCGGUGGCGCCGGGCCUGGGCUGGGGCUGGGCGGCGCUGGUGCUGCUCUUCGCCGCCUCCCUGCUCACCGUCUCGGCCUGGCUGUUGCAGCUCGGCCGGAGCCUAUGGCGCGGCCGCGGACGGGCGGCAGAAGCCCAGCCGAGCCAGGCGGCCCCCUCCGGCCUCUGGGCGGCCGUGCUGCGCCUGGGCGCGGGCCGCGAGGGCGCGGGGGGCAGCUGUCCGGCGGCCGGGGCCCGCGGCUUGCUCGCCUCGCUCUUCGCCUUCCGCGCCUUCCGCGAGAACUGGCAGCGAGCCUGGCUGCGCGCCCUCAACGACCAGGCCCGCCAGCACGGGAGCUCAGUCCAGAUCACGUUUGAGGAAAGCCCUCGGCAGUUGCCGGCCGUAACUAUCAGCCACGUGGCCUACACUGACCAGUCGGAUCGCAGGAUGGUGCUCCACUGCCUCCUUUCAACUGGCACGCUGCAGUUCCCAGUCUUGGUUGCCCAGCAGUCCCCGGCAGCUGUGUCCAUGGACACCUAUUGCGUCUCUCUGGUGGUACAGCAGGCCCAGCUGGAGAUCCACCUGGAGGAGGUGGAGGGCGAGGGGCUGCUGGUCUCCUGGGCAUUCAAAGACAGGCCUGACCUGAAGCUCUCCAUCCCGCCAAGACCCCAGCCGCACCAUGAAAACGAUGGGAAGGCGGACUUGUCUAUUAUCAAGAAUCUGAUUGAAGACUCCAUUAUCAGCACCCAGCCUGCCAUGAUGGUGAACCUGAAGGCAUGCAUUAUGAAUGCCAGCACGGAGACCAGCAGCAGGCCAUCCCCGGGAUCCCUCUCCAGCUCAGCGCCUGUCCUGAUGCCCAAACUGCUUCUCCAGCACCUGCGAGCUCUGCACCUGGGAUCCCAGGAGAGCCAAGGAAACGGGCUGCUGUGCUGUGAGGUGGAGUUGGACAGCCCUCGGCAGCAAAAGAGAACGGCCCCUGUGCCGCCUGGUCCGGCCGCUGAGGUGGAGUGGCCCGGCAAGCUGCUUCUGGAGCUUGGUCCCCGGAGCAAAGAGCUGGUGCUGAGGGUGUUGGAAGGCAGCCCUUCUGGAGAGGACGUGCUCCUGGGAUUUGUGGCUGUCCCUGUAGACCCCUCCUCCAAAGAGCCGCAGGGGCAGCAGCUCUACCUGCUGAGUCCAGGGCCCGCCCGGGAUCUGCCCCCAGCAGCAGCCAUUGCCGUGGAGCUGCUCCACCAGGACAUGCCAGAGCUCCAGGCUGCCUCCUCCCUGCGCACCAGCAUCACUCCCACCAAGAAGAUCGAGAUGGGCCGGACCAUAAUGCCCGAUGGCACUAUUGUCACUACCGUCACCACCAUCCAGUCCAGGCCCAAACUGGACUGUAAACUUGAUUCCCCCUCCAGAUCUCCAUCCAAAGUGGAAGUUACGGAGAAGGUCACCACGAUGCUUCCAGAAAAUGGCUGUCCCAGCAGAGCGUCUCCCUGCAGUAGCAGGAGCAGUUGCGUGUCCAACGGCCUAGAUCCGGUGGCCGAGACAGCCAUCAGGCAGCUGACGGACCUGACCAAUAAGCCUGCCAAGAAGACUCCGACCAAGCGCAGUACGCUGAUCAUCUCGGGAGUUUCCAAGGUACCCAUCGCCCAGGAUGAAAUGGCCCUCUCCCUUGGCUAUGCCGUGUCAUUGGGGAAUUCCCUGCAGGAAGACUCCAUCAUGACUGGUCUGUCAGAAUAUGCGCCACCAAGCAUCUGCGAUACUACGCAGCAGCUGGAAAAUUCAUACUCGCCUCAGAUGGCGAGCCAGGAUCUGGACGAAACAACCUAUUCAGACAUCUCUGAGAGACCCUCAGUGGAUGACGUGGAAUCCGAAACCGGCUCGACAGGAGCCCUGGAGACUCGGAGCCUGAAAGAUCACAAAGUGGGCUUCUUGCGAAGUGGCACCAAGCUGAUCUUCCGGAGGAAGAACAAGCAGAAGGAGGCUGGCCUCAGCCAGUCGCAUGAUGACUUGCCCAACGCCAGCACCGCCUCUGCCCCCAGGAAGAAAUCUGGAAGCUUCUCUCGGCGCCUCAUCAAGCGCUUCUCCUUCAAGGGCCGGGCAAAGAGCAAAUCCAAUGGGAGCACCCCCCCGUCGGUGGAGAAGCCCUGAGGAGCCGCUGCGUCGGCCGUCUUCCGAAGCCCCCCUGACUGUCACCAGUGGUUGUCUGCUGUCUAUCCACCAUGGCCCCAAUCCCCCUGUCCUCCUGUGCAAAGGGAGUGAAGGCCGGCGGGUGGGUGGGAAGUCUUGCCAGUAGCCAUAGGAAACAGACGCUUGGUGGCAUGAGGAGUGUAACGUAGCCCUCUGAGCAUCUGCUGAGCACUCCUCUUUUAGCCUAGGUGGGGUGGGGGGCAGCCCCCAUGGCGGCCUGAAUCUGAAAUCUGUGGUGUGUGUGUGUGUGUGUGUGUGUGACAGAGAAAGGUUUUAUGGUGGCAUAUCCAACAACUGCCACUCUGCCUGCCAGGCUCUGUUGAACAACAAGGGCAAAUAGCUGGCGGGUUCAUGGGACAUGAGGAGGAGGACAGUCAAGCCAGGCUCUUGGGUCCCGAAAUGUGGCUCCGAAGACCCUUCCUUCAGUGGCAGAGCCCUCAACCCGGCCUUGGUUGCUGCCAGGAAGGAGCUAGAGAACUUCCAAGCAGAAGUCGCCUGCGGCUGCUUGCUAGAUCUCUUCCUUGGGAGACUUGGUGGCAUGGAAUGGAGGCACCUUGCUGAGUUCCCCGUCUGUUGCCUGGCACAGAAGGGAUGGGGAGAAAGGAGGUGCCGUCUGCUGGACACAGCCCUGGAGGCUCCCCAAGAGAGAGAGACUGGACUGCACUUUCCUGACGUCCAGCUGGAUGCCGUUCCUGACCCUGGAGAUGCGCAUGAAUCGGGGGAGGACCCUUGCUGAGGCUGGGCUGGCCCCUCCCUGCAGGUUCCUGGAAACAGACUGUGGGUGGGACAAUAAGGAAAUCGCUGUUUUGUUACCUAGAAGUCAGGUUUUGGGACAAAUUUGGAACAGGCUUCACUGAAACCCCACAUUUCUCAUUGGAAAUGGGUGUGCGUCAAAGGCAAUUGCAGAUGGGAUGGCUCCCCUUUCCUUGGAGCAGGUUGAACCCUGUCUAGCCCCCAACCCAACCCUCCACUGGACUACUCUUCUGACUGCCUGGGUCUGCAGGUCAGGGCUCUUGCUGUCCCGUCAGCCGAUCCCUCAGGGGAACAGCAGGCUUGUGCCUGGAAAGGAAUGCCUGCAGCUUUCCCCACAUAGGGCUGCACGCAGAGUACCCCCCCCCACCCCCCUUGCUGCAAGGCAGGUUUGUCACAGAAGGCCCCGGCUGGGUCUGGCUGCCUUGGCCUUCAGGCGGGAGUGCCAGGGCAUCAAAACUGCCUGUGGGGGUUGGGGGUACGUCAGGAUGGGUUUGUCUGCCCAGGGAGGGGAGGGGAUGGAGGUGGGCACAUUGCUCCUGUUGACCCUCCAUGCGUUUCCCCCGGGGUGUCCUGGAGGGCAGUUUCUAUGAUUGUCCCUGUCAGUUCGGUUGGAGGGGGGGAAAGUGAAGAUUUCGAUUUAGGCUGUUCAGUUGAGGCUUUGCAGUGAGACUGGCUGUACUAUGUUCCUCUCCUGACCUCCCGCUGGCUGCAACCCUGUGAUUUGACUCAAGCCUGUCCUAGUGUUGCAGAUCACUCUGUAUUUGCCGAUUUGCUACCUUUGCCCUGUUUGUCCAGCCUUGAAGGAAUUAUUUGUAGAUUUACCUUUGGAACCCUUUGGAUCAGGGUUUCAUUUCUAAGAGGGGUGAAGAUAAAGAGUUAGCCCUGC